UCAAAACACCAUGGGUCGCUUUGGAAAGCUUGAAACCGAUGUACAUAUCAGAGCUCCAGCUUCAAAGUUGCAUGAAAUAUAUCACGAAAGAACUCACCAUAUCUCCAAUGUCUCUACCGACAAAGUGCACGGUGUCGACCUACUCAAAGGCGAAUGGGGUGAAGUUGGCUCCAUCAUCUGCUGGAGAUAUUUUCAGGAUGGGAAGGCUAGGAUAGCAAAGGAGAAAAUCGAAGCAGUCGACAAAGAGAACAAUUUGAUCACUUUCACCGUGAUCGAGGGAGACCUUAUGGAGAAAUACAAGAGUUUCAAAUUUAAGAUGCAAUUCAUUCCAAAGGAGAAGGGAAGUGUGAUUCAUUGGGUUUUAGAAUAUGAAAAGCUGCAUGAUGACAUUCCUGAUUCACAUACUAUGCUUCAACUUUGUGUUGAUGUCGCUAAAGACAUUGAUGCUCACCUUAUGGAAGGCAGUGAAGAGCCCUAGCCAUAUUGCUGCACUCAGUUAUGGGGUUCCUUGCGUAUAAAUAAUUUGGCUUUUACUAUGCUAAUUUGCCAAUUAUCUAUGUAUGAUUCCAUUUACAUAAGGCAUAUGUAUGUGUGUUAUGUUUGGGUCCUGUUCUAU